GUUUUUGAUAAUGGUAACACUUGUCUUAGAUCUCUAUGUGCCGGCAUCGCACGUGAACGUGUCGGAAAAUCGAAAUAAAUUAUCUAAAUCAUCAUGUCUGACGAAUAUUUUUAUGGCGUUACCCUGUCAUCGUCACAUCAGUCCGAGACAUGGGACCCUGAAGCGAAAGCAGACUACCCUCGAAGCAAUAAACUUCUUAUUCGUACAGCUUUACUUGGUCCUGACGCUAAGCCAGAUGAACUUAAUGUAGUACAGGUUGAAACAAUGUGCCUACAAGAUUCUAUUAAAAUCCCAGUGGCCAUCUUGAAGGUUGGGGAAACAAGACAAGCUCGAUUGGAUAUUGAGUUCCCAGAUGCACCAGUUACAUUUACACUCACACAGGGUUCAGGUCCAGUGCAUUUAAUUGGUCAACACUUACUUGGUGCUUUGGUUGAGGAGUUCGAAGAUAUGGAAGAAAUGGAAGAAGAGAUGCUGGAUGAGGAAGAAGGUGAUGACUCACAAUUCAAGGAAGAUGAAAAUAAAAGGAAAGCAGCUGGCAAGCGCAAGACGAAUGAGGAUGAAGAUGAUGAAGACGGUCAAGAAGGCCCAAAGAGUAAGAAAUCAAAAAUGGCAAACAAUGCCAAAGGCAAAGCUGCGUCACCUAAGAAAAACGCUAAGAAGUAAACUUAAUGUCGCUACCUAUCUUUGCCACACUGUAUACUACAAACAGUGAGUACCACACACCCUAAGGCGAAAGCCGUGGUAUUUUUUCUCUAGACGCGAGUAAUUCUACAAUUAAGUAUUAUUGACUUCUUACUGAUUUCUAGUAAAAUCAAAUUAUAUUAUGGCAUUUUGAUAAUGCCAUUUCUAGUAAAUUAUUUACUACUAAAACAGUUAUACCUCAUCCACUUAAACCUUGCAAUAAUUUCAUAUGUAAUAUUGCAGCUUUGUCAGUGAAUUGCCAUGCUGUUUUAAGACUGAAUUCAUUUAAUGGAUAAUAUUAGGCAAUUUGUUUGUAGUUCACAGUGUGGCUUUGUCAUCAUAGUUUUAACAUAGUAUGAUAAUAAUAGGUUAACUUGUAUGAUGUGAGGGAGUGUUGUGUGAAUGCUUGCAAGAGUUAUGUAGACUGGGGCCCAACUACAGUUUGACAUUUUUAAAUACUAUAUAUAUUAUAAUAAAAGUGCUAGGAAUUAAUCUCAGACAAAUGGUGCAAUGCAGCUAUGACUUUCAAAUUGAAAGAAGCUUGCAGUUUAAAACACCAAGCCAAAUUUUUUUGGUGUUAUGAGUAUAUACCAUUGUCAUCACCUAUAAGAUCUCUACAGAUAUAAUUGGGUCACCAGUCACUUAAGACACCUAUCCUUGUAGUAUUUGUGUAGGUUCUAUACUUAUAGCCAUUACACUCUAAGGAUGAUGUCUUACAAAACAGUACUAUUGUACUAAGUUUUUUAACAUAAUUUUUUUUCAUUCCUGUGUUAUAGCAUUGAUAAGUUUUAAAUUCAUGCAAAUGUAUUUAAGUUAAUUUAAGCGUAAUCAGUGUACUGCCGGAUGACAUGUAGUUAAAACCUUAUGAUUUUUCAAUACGAAAAGAAAACUGAUAAUCUAUUAUUUGUUUGUACAUAUACAUAUUACAUAAGAAUGUAAUAGAAUAAACCUUUCUAAGCAGA